ACCUAACGUAGUUCAAAUCUUUCGUUUAAAAAAAUUGUCUACAGGUUCUUUGUAGAUUUGAUUAAAUGAGAUAUUGCAACUGGGUACAUGAACAAUCAGAAAUGGAAAAUUGUAACGAGUUUUGAACUGUGAAAAAGCUGGUGACGGAUAUACUUAAGAAUAACAUUCUGCGCCUCCGUUUUAAAUAAUUGAGACCAUGAAGGUGCUGACUAUUUUGAUCAUUUCCAUACACGCCGUUUUGGAGGCCCAGUCUGGUAGGAUAUCAACGGAAAGGUUGAGAAUUAUGGCAGAGCUGGAUUGCAAGUUAGAAAAAAUGAGUAAAGUUUGGAAAAGUUCUUUGAAAAUCAAUCUAUAUGGAAACAGUUCUUUGAACUACCACAGUAUCCAGCAGCAGACAGAAUAGGAAUUUAUUUAAGCAGACCAGAGCAGCCGGACACGAUCGAGAUUUUCAAGGAAAUGUUGAAGGAUGGAAAACACGUAUUCAUUCCUCGGGUCACUACAGAGAGAGACUCGGAACUUGUGUCAACUAGAGGUUUAUCAGAUUUGGAUCCACCGCUGAACAGAUAUGGAUUCAGGCAACCAAAUAGAACUAUGGAUCAACAGGAGGCCAUUGAAACAGGUGGUCUUGACAUCAUAGUGAUCCCGGGAAAAGCAUUCACGAAAAGUGGCCAAAGAAUGGGAACCUGGCAGGGAUGGUACUAUCCUUACGUGAGGACACUUAAGGUGUACAAGAGGAAUUUAACAGUCGUCGCUUUCGCUUGGAGACAUCAAAUUGUUGAUUUUAUUCCCGAUUUCAGUCAUCCAGAAAUCAAAGUUGACGCGCUUUUGUAUUACCAUGAGAAAGAAUAAAUGAGAAAGAUAUAUUAAAAAAUUUGCAUUGGCUCAAG